AACAACAGAGGGCGCUGUAGAGGUCAACAAAACUCAGAAGCUAGAGUUGUUUGCGGGAAAAGUGGGAAUUACAAAAGCUGAAUUUCCCUGAAAAUUGAGGGUGAAAGAGGUAAACAUAAUCACCAACAUGCCAUUGUCGGAUAGAAUAAUCGCCUUAAUUGAUAUGGAUUGCUUCUACGUCCAAGUGGAGCAGCGAAGGAACCCUACCCUGAAGGGACAACCAUGUGCUGUGGUGCAGUACAACACAUGGCAAGGAGGAGGUAUUAUAGCUGUUGGAUAUGAAGCAAGAGCCCAUGGAGUUACAAGACAAAUGAGAGGAGAACAGGCCAAGGAGAAAUGCCCCGAUAUCCAGCUGGUUAGAGUGCCUGUAAACAGAGGCAAAGCUGACCUCACAAGAUAUCGAGAGGCUGGAGCAGAGGUCAUAGCUGUUCUGACCACGUUCAGUAAGUGUGUGGAAAGAGCCAGCAUAGACGAGGCUUACAUAGAUCUGACAGACGUUGUUCACAACCGUCUGGAAGCAUCGGGCACUCGCAGAGAGACUGUCAGUGUAGACAUGCUGCCUAAUACUCAUGUUGCUGGAUGGGAUGGAAAGAGGAGAGAGGAAGAUGAGGAGGAGGAGGAGAAGGAGGUGGAGGAUGGAGGGACCAUGGAUACCCUCUCUCCUGAAGAUGCUAGGAGAACCGGCACAUUGCAGUGGUUAGACCAGCUUAGAGAUAUUCAAGACAGACGACUGGCAGUAGCAGCAGUUAUCACUGAGGAAAUGAGGGCUGCUGUGCUGCAACAAACUGGAUUCCAUUGCUCUGCUGGUAUUGCACAUAAUAAGAUGUUGUCAAAGCUCUCUUGCGGUCUUCAUAAGCCGAGAAAGCAAACUAUUGUUCCAAAGCAGAGUAUACCAAUGCUUUUCAAAACUCUACCCAUCAGAAAAAUUCGUAAUUUAGGUGGUAAACUUGGCCAUAGUCUAAUGGAGGAUCUUAAUGUGGAGUUCAUGGGAGAUUUGUGUAAAUACACAGAGAAACAACUUCAGAGUCACACUGGAGAUAAGACGGGAGCCUGGCUGUAUGGUCUCUGUCGUGGGAUAGAUGAUGAGCCAGUUAAGGCCAGACUGCUACCCAAGUCAGUGGGUUGUGGUAAGACCUUCAGGGGUGUAAUGGCACUGGACACAAAACAAAAGGUGAAACAUUGGAUCACUCAAUUGUCAGAGGAGCUUGCUGAGAGAUUAGUCAGGGAACAAGACGUGAACAAUCGGAUGGCCAAGUUGCUAUCAAUUCACAUUCAGCAGUCUGGUAACCCGCCUUCCAGCCUGAGUCGCUCCUGUGCUUUGCAUCACCUAGAAGCCACAACAAUAGCAAGAGAUAUUUUCUUGGUCAUUCAGAGCCUGAAUAUGGCAGGCAAUCAACAAGAGGACUGGGUACCAUCGAUUACAUCACUUGGUAUAUCGGCAUCCAAAUUCAGCGAAAUACAAUCUGGUAAAUCAGGCAUACAAAGACUUGAUAACUUCCUCAGCGCUGUCGCAAGACUGUCAGAAGACCAGCCCGGCACCUCGUCUGCUACUGAAGAUGCCGAUGAUGACAAUGAUCCGGAGCAUCAAGCUAUAGUAGAUCUCACAAGAGGAGAUGGAAUAAAGGAUGGACAAAGUACAGACGAUGGCCAAAAGGAAUCGCAGGUUGUGAAGAAGUAUGGCAUUCAGGCCUUCUUUACGCCCAGAAAGGAGCAGCCUUUUGAGAACAAUGAAGAGAGUCCUGACACCGAGGGUCAGAGCCAGAUUGUUUCUGGUAGAACUAAAGGAACCAGGAAGUCAGAAAAUUCUGGUAGAUCAAAGAAAGAAUCUGCCCGAAAGAAGACGGCUGGUUUCUUUGGAAACUACUUCCAGAAGAUGAGAGAGGCUGGAGAAAGCAAUGAUGCUAGUAAAGUGGAUGCCGCUAGCAGUGAUAAUGACAGCUAUGUGCUCGGAAGGAGUAAAUCUGGAGGCUGUUCUGUUGAAAAUACAAAUCAAGUCCAUGUUGUGGACAAUUCAAACAAAGGCCUGUCAAAAGAUUCAAAACCUUCUGAUGAGACAGAUCCAGCUGCAAAACACCAAAAUAAUCACCACUUAAAACAAACUGUGGAAACCCUUGAGAAUGUCACAGAUUCAGUCAAUGGCUCAGAAGAAUUGGAGACAAAUAAUCAUAGAAAUGAGCAACUGGAUGUGCCCUUUGACCCAAGUCUGACCACAGACUCAGUCCUAUGUGAAAAGUGCAACAAGGUCGUGUCAUCUUGGGAUUAUCCCGAGCAUUUGGAUUAUCACUUUGCGGUGGAUCUACAGAAAGAGAUGGGAUUAUCUGAGAUCAAUCAGAGCGGUUCUUCUGGUACUCCUGAUACUGGACAGAGAUCCUCUGUGUCUGGGACAGGGAGCAGGAGCGGCAAAAGAAGGGCUAAAUCGCAUGGGUCUUUUGAAGGGACCAAGAAAGCCAAAACAGAACUCUCACCAGGGUCAACGCUACAUUCAUUUUUUAGGAAGAAAUAACAUAAAAAAAAGAAAAAAAGUUGGCUUCAUGAUAGUAUGAAUAUAGCCUGUGCAUAUAAUAAUAGUAAUAAUAAACUAAAACUUAUAUAGCACCUUAAUCUUAUUGACAUGCUCUAGGCUAUGAACAAAAGGCACUAGUCAAAAACUAAGCAGGUACAAACGGACAAAUUAAAAAUAAGAAUUUGAGUUAUAACAAUAGGAGUAAAAAGUCUUCAAAACAUUCAACCUGUUAGUAAUACAUGUAACUGGACAAUGACAUCACUACCACAUACAGCGCCCUCAUACUGAAGUCAAAUAAAGAAAUUGUUUGGCCGAUAGUUGUACAUGCGUGUUGCCAUUGUCUUUCCUCGGCAAUGGCAGCGUUUCUAACGGGUCAUUUGCUAUUCAGCCCUGUGUUUGUUGUAUUGUUGCUGAGCACUAAGAUUUACACUGUAUUUGAGAAGUAUCUUUGCAUAUUUUCUAAGUCAAGGUAUUUUUCUAUUCAAUUAAUAUUGAUCAAUCAGUAAAGAUUGUAUUAAAUGUGUAUGGAAUAUGUACAUGUAGGAUGUUGAUAUUUUAUACCUUAAUAUAGAGCCAUUUAUUGUACAGCUUAUUGUAAUGCAAUCCAAUGUUGAUCUUGGUAGAUUGGUCAAGAAAAUUAUAGCCCUGUGUAAUUUGCUUAUUUCCCCUGAGAUACGGGUAAAGUUUGGAAAAGAUAAAUAUAGCCCUGUGUAAUUUGCUUAUUUCCCCCUGAAAAAAAGUUACCAAGACGUGUUUGUUGAAAAAUGAAAGGCUCUGAACAUUCAGCUAAGUUCUUUUAGGCUUAUGACUUGGCACAAAUUACUUGUUGUCUGAAAUAUGUAAUGAAUUUUGCAGUCCAUGACUUUAUCCGAUUUAAGAUUUGAAAUACAAAAUUAUCCAACUUUUAAAAUCUUUAAUUCACAGCAAUGACUUGUACAUAAACUGUUUAUAAGUUUUUGUAUAACUUUUCUCCAAAUAUUUUUUGUGCGGGUUGUA